AUGCAAUGAUCAAAUAACUCAUUCUGUGCCUGGAAACGCAGCCAUGGCCAAAAUGCGUUUGCUCCUCGUCGCCAUCGUUGCGCACGCUGUGGGAGUCGCGGCCGGUGACAGUUUGGGCGACUUCUCAAACGACCUCGCGACAGAUCUCGGCCCCCUUCUCACCCUUUUCGGCGAUGCCAUGACCAAGCAGUACCUCAGCGAAAGCACUUCAUUCCUCGACUAUCUCAUCUUCGCCAUGGCCCCGAUUGGGAUUCUCACCGCGAUAGUGUCGACCAUUCGUGUAUGCGGCCACUCGUCCCUGCGCGCUUUCGUUGGGAGAUCUCAGGAGGGCGAGGGAGUCAUCGAGGCCGAACUAUGCACCUCAACAAGCCGAGACGUCUGCGAAUUGUUCAACCGGGGUGGCAUCGCACGUGUUCUGGGCAAGCCGAGCGUCCUUGAGCUCGUGUACGACCCCUCGAAAGCGCCAAGUGUCUCCGGAAAGUCCGACGACUCGGAACUGCGCCUGUCUCGCAACUACUUCACGGGAAUUAAAUCUUCUGAUGAUUGGCAAAGGGUCGAAGGCUCCGUCUUUGAGCGGCCUAGCAAGAAAGAAGCCUUGGCCGAGGACUUUGCACCAAACCCGAACCUCUCGCUCAACGUUGGCAUAGUCAAACGGCCGCAGUGGGUAUUUGUCGCUAUUGCUGCCACCGGCGUUAUUCUUCAAGUCGGUGUUCUCGUCUUGGCUGGCGUGGGCGUUUGGGUCCUCAAGUGGAAUCUCAACGACGGAGGAAAACCUGCUUCAAGAGAUUACGCGCCAAUCAUGUUCAUUUCUGGAACAAUUGUCAUGUGUGCCGGGAUGUGGGCGUGCGCAUAUCUCAUCGGUCAGACCACGCACGAAGUUCGCUUCCGUCGACGGGGCAAGAAGCCUGCAGGAGAAUGUCCGCGUCUCUUCUGGCUCCAACCGGGUCCUCAAGUCAUCGGCGAUCAAAGUUUCGAUCCCUACGGCCAUGUCGAGGAUACGGAACACGCUCUUCACGGACUUUGGAUGUCAUCUCGAAAGUUUUUCGACGAGAGGUUGUUCGAGAUCAAUACCAUACUGGCCAUCACAGCCGUGACACUUGGCUACAUUGCGCAAUUCAUCGGCCUGCGAGGAAUGAAGGCUUGGGUUGCUCUGGCUCAACUUGCCGUUACACUUCUCAUGAGUCUCCUGCGCGGAUGCCUCCGCAUGCAGAGACUCGGCAAAAAGUCCAACCAACUUGGCCAUAUCCCAGAUCUUGUUUCCGGUCACGAGCUGGAUUGGUUGUCCUUCAAGAUAGCACAGCAGAACUACAAACUGCAUGUUACCGGGCUCUAUGACGACGCGUCGCAUACGACUACUCAGGGCAAGGAAUCAACCCGCACUUUCAAAAACGACCCACACGACACAAAAUCGGUAUCCGUGGAUACUUCAAUUCUACCCAGCUCAGAUGACACACUACCAAUAUCUGAUCCUGACAAGGUGGUUAGAGUAGACGACAUCCAGCACUUACUCCAUAUUCGCAAGCGGCUUGCGCAUUUGACAGGCCAUACUUCGCUCAAACGCCUCGACUCCUCGGAAUACCAAAUGUGGAAAGACGAUGCUAUCAAAGUCCGCGCCAAGGCCAAGCAAAUCUCGACAGCCCUUUGCCAAAUCGCCGAAAAGCUGUUUAGAAAAUCACAAAAGAGAGAAAUCAAUAUUCGAGUACAAGUUGGCUCUCAAAACAUGGAAGAAGACGAUUAUUCGAACCAAAUCAUCGAGAUCCUGUUCAAGAAGUUUUCUCCAUCAUCUCAAAGGGGUUGGAUUAUAGACUCUGCAAAAAUCGAGGCGAUAUUGGGUCUUUGGUUAUGGACCAUGACUUAUGACUCCCUUGUUCACAAAGAUGCCGAUGCCUCUCCAAAUGCAGCUAAGGACAUUGUGAUGGAUAGAAUUGUCUCCGCAGGCCCUGACGACCAAGGUUGGUCUGAUAGGGCCAACAGCGCUGACGGAGAGAUAAACCUUUGGCUGGGGCCCAACUCCGUCAAGUUCCAAACCACAACCAUCAUGGUCAAGCCGCAGGAAUCCUACAGCUUUGGGUCUCUAUGGAGAUGGAUGGCUGCACCUAACGAAGACCCCUACUGGGAAAACCUGGCUCCCAAUGCCGACGAUCUCAAUGCGCCACUGCAUCGACUGUGUGGGUGGACAUCAGUUCCCCAAGCAGAAAGAGAACCCGAGUCAAUUCGCAAGCUGCGAGUUCAGUUUGUUAGUCUUCAUGGGUCACAAACUUCACUCCUCGAUGUGUGCGCUCAAGAACUGUUCACUACACUUGUCAAGUCGCUAGGUGGUCUGUUGACCUUUGGCAAGGCCAUUGUUGGCGAGAGUGCUGGCACGGGUCGGCUGGAGAGCCAGACUGUUGAGACAAUCGCUAAUGAGUUCGUACAAAGCGGCCUGGGGACCUAUUCCGAGGCUCUACUUUGCAUCAUACCGGCAUUUAGAGGAAGUCUCCCUUCGCCAAAGCCUCGCGAGCUACUAGCAUUGGUCAUCGAGACAGCCGACAACUAUCGCCGGAACCAGGAAUGGAACCGCGCAGACAUCCUCUUGCGAUGGGUUUGCACCUAUUUUUCAUCGCCGGGGGAAGAUCAUGGAAUUAGCUUCGAGCAAGUUGCGCGAGAAUUCGCCAAACACGGCGUUCUCCAGAAGACACACCAGAAACCAUCAUCACCCCCAUUAAGAACUCAGCCAAAGAUCCUAGCCGCUCACUACGGCGGGCAGGACAUCACAAUCCUGGCAAAGUGGCAGUUCUGCGACGGCGAGGACAUUGUGAUUCCAACGCAUGAGCAGGAGCUUCCCAUUGCCGAUCCGUGGAUGUACGUCCGCAAGUCAGUCAGCGUGGUGUACCGCUUCAGCGACGGCGAAAUUCGCGGCUUUGUCGUCCCACAAGACACCAACCGUACGUAUACGCUCACUUUCGAUCGCAGACACGCCGACUCGGAGAGUGCAACGUUUGCCACGUCAAAUUACACUUGUUCAGUCUCAUCUGCUAUACAUAUCCAUGCAGUUAUCUGGGGACUUGAGCAAGUCGAGGACCAGGAAGUCUACGAGAAGCUCUACAAGAAAUUUGCCCUGAAGGAGUCGAUCUUUCUUCAUAAUAAUUUCUUUAAGAAGGACGGCUGGCUACAGACUGAGAAGACUGCUGCUGUUGUUUACUCUUCCAAUGGGGCUGUGAAGUGUAUUUCGGGUCGGGAGAAUACCCACAUGUUGUUUGCUUAUUAGAUUAGGCUCAGAGUAGGGCAUACCCGGGAUGUAGUAGUUAAGUGUAUAGUAGAUUCCCUCGGAAGAAACGACUCUGAGUAGAAGGAGGUGAUGGCGUUAUUAAUCAGACGAUUGGAAUUUGUACCUUGAGUGACGUGCAGCUGAAUGGAGAAUUUUCACGUAAU